CUGGAGCAUGUCGAAACCGCCCCGAGCGACACCAACAUCACGGCGUUGACACCCAACGGCGCCAUUGACGGUAUGCUCUCAGGCACGCCGUCCUUUGUCCGGCUACCUGGCUCCAAGAUGUUCAGCCAAGUCUACACGGCCAAGCUGGACCGGCCUCUAGUCCCUGGCGAUUGUGGCAGCUGGGUCCGGAAUGCUGUUACCAAGAAACUGUUCGGGCAUUUCAUUGCUGGCAGCACGACCACGGGCCUCGUACUGCUGAUGCCUGCGGCCAAGGUCUUUUCCCAGGCU